AUGAUGGUGGAAAGAACGCAAAUGCAGGUCUCGCCAGCGUGCGACAAUGGUCAACCAGACGGCCAACAAAACAAACGGUCGACAAUUCGUCAAAUUUGGACUCACUCAUGGUUCCAAAUUCUCCUGAUCAGUUUUAUCUGCUUCUGCUGUCCUGGAAUGUACAACGCUCUCACUGGUCUGGGAGGUUCUGGCCAGGUCAACCAAACGGUCGCCGCAAAUGCCAACGUCGCAUUGCUCUCUGCAACGGCCGCGACUGCUCUGUUCGUCGUUGGGCCAAUUUUUGACCGCGUUGGUCCGCGAGUGUGCCUUCUCCUGGGGGGUUGGAGCUAUCCCUUGUAUUCAGGAAGUCUCCUGUGUUUCAACGCCACUGCCAAUGGCGCGUUCGUCAUUGCCGCUGGUGCCAUCCUGGGUAUCGGCGCAUCCUUCCUUUGGGUUGCGCAAGGUGCUAUCAUGACGACCUACGUGCCCGAGUCCCAGAAGGGCCGCGCCAUCGCCAUCUUUUGGAUCAUCUUCAACCUCGGUGGUGGUGUGGGUGGAACGGUGUCGGAUGGCACAUAUAUUGCUUUGUUGAUCAUCAUGGCCAUUGGGUGGCUCUUGGGUGUUUUCAUCUGUCCGCCGUCAUACGUGCGAGUAGCCCAACUCGACAUUCAGCCACAGUCUCAGAAGAACUGGCGCAAGACGUUGAGCCAGGCAGUGCGGACUAUCACCAACUGGCGCGUGUUGUGUAUGCUUCCGCUCUUCUUCUCGGCCAACGUGUUCUACUCGUACCAGCAGAAUGUGGUCAACGGCAUGACCUUCAAUAUCCGCACUCGCUCGCUCAACGGUGCGUUGUACUGGAUGGCGCAGAUGGUGGGAGGCCUCGUGAUCGGUCUGAUUCUCGACAUGCCAGGACUCAACCGACGCAUGCGUGCGCGUGUCGCCUGGUGUUUCCUCUUUGCUACAGGGAUGGGCAUUUGGGGCGGCGGAUAUGCCUUCCAGAAGUGGUUCGACCGUCGGUCGGCCAUUGGCCUCAAGCAAGAUAUCGACUAUACUGAUAACAGGGUCUCAGUCGGCCCUAUGUUUCUCUACAUCUUCUACGGAUGUUACGAUGCAUUUUGGCAAUCCUUCUGCUACUGGCUCAUGGGUGCCAGCUCCAACGACCCCGCCAAAGCAGCCGUCUUAGUCGGUGCAUACAAGACCUUCCAAUCGGCCGGUGGUGCUAUGGCGUGGCGCAUCAACGCGAUUGGAAAGCCUGCUAUGACGCAAUUUGCCAUGGAUUGGGGUCUCUGUAUGAGCGCGCUCGUGUUUGCGAUCCCCGCCGUCCUGACCGUCACGCUAACCAGUGAGACUGAGCCGGACGCGGUCAAGGGCACCGAGAUGCGUGAGUCCGAUGAAAAAGCUCGAGUCGAAAUGAAGGAUUAA